AUGUCCGAGAGAUCAGACGAAACAAAGACAAAAGCUGAUUCUGCCGGAGAGUUAUCAGAUGUAGAUAACGAAAACUGCAGUAGCAGUGGAAGUGGUAGCGAGACGAAGAAGACCUGCGUUGAUUGCGGAACAUCCAAAACUCCUCUCUGGCGUGGUGGCCCUGCUGGACCUAAGUCAUUGUGCAAUGCUUGUGGGAUCAAGAGUAGGAAGAAGAGACAAGCGGCACUUGGAAGCAAACCAGAGAAGAAAAACAAAACAAGUAACAGUAGUGAUUCUGAUCUAAGCGUAGAUCAUCAUCGAAACGACAAGAACAAGAUCAACAAAGAUGAUGAUGAUCAUAGUAGUAGUAGUAGCAGCUGCAGCAAAAGAGUGAGUAAGUUUUUGGAUCUAGGAUUGAAAGUUCCGGUGAUGAAGAGAUCAGCGGUUGAGAAGAAGAAGAAGCUAUGGAAGAAACUCGAUGAGGAAGAACAAGCCGCCGUGCUUCUCAUGGCGCUCUCUUGUGGCACUGUUUAUGCAUAA